AUGGACUCGAGAUUUCAUGCUACAGUGAUGCGACGGGCAGAAGAUGAUCAAGAAGAGGCUGUCUCUUCAAUAAGGCGAGAUGGGAUAAUGAAUGGACCAAGCACAACCAGCGUCAGCGGCUCAAACAUAAUUCGCGACGUUGCUUCACCGAGACAACAAUCACAAACGGAAAUUCGUUCAAUCCUUAACCCAUCAACUUUUUCACCUGGCGCACCUCCACCAUUCAAUCAAUAUCAUCAACCAGCGGCCGUACCUCAACUUAUACAACCAGCACACAUUCCUCUUCCGACAACUUCAACUUCAGCCUUGGGUCUAAGUGCCCCUUUGCAUCAAAAGGAAAGAGAUUCUACUUAUCAACGCGAUCAAAAACCACCCAGCAAUUACUACGACCCGACUUCCGACUCGAGUGAGAGAAGACCUACGGUUACGGAAUCUAUAUGGAGCGAUAGGGAAGCUAAGACAUCACAAAAUCGUGAAUCUUAUCCAUACAACCAAAAUCCACCACCUGAAUCAUCUGCGAAUGGUUCACUAAAUCAAUAUAACGGCGUCUAUAAAUCUCCUGUUAAUUCUCAUUUUCCACCGCGAUCCCCCAUCUCACACGCGCACCCACAAGGUCGCGUACCUCCUCCAGUCACACAAUCACCACGAUUGACCACGAUGGAAUCACCAGUGAGUCGGCAUAAUGGGAUAAGUGGAGGGCCAGUACAGCAUGACAGGCCAGUCAUUAAACAAGAACCUGUACCUGCUAGUACUCCAAGCAGACCAGCAGAUCCAAUGUCCUUCUCGAGUAUAUUAUCUAGCGCUGCUCCUGAACCAACGCCAACACCAAAGCCUCAAUCCACUCCCACUCCCGCCGCAUCAAAACCUCGCAAACCUUCACGACCAGCUAUGCCUACGUUGAAGCCGGAACCCUCUCCAGCCCCUAGUUCUCGACAAUCGUCCAUCGCACCAGCUCCUCCACCACCUACAACCUCACGAGUACCCGCAAAGCGCAAGGCGAAUGGAGAAGCGAAAUCUACACCAAAACCUAAGCCAUUUACAAAGGAUCAAGAAAGGGAUAUUGUUAUUCUGAUGUCAAAGCUAGAUAGAGAACCGGAAGAUAGCGACAUGGAAUUUGCAGAAGAGAAGAAACUGUAUGAGACACGAUCACUCAAACGAAAAAUCGAGGUCGAGAAUCUGGAAAUUGCCAAAACCAAGAAGCGUCGAACUGAUUAUUCCAACUUGAUGACCAAGAAGAUGGGGAAGCAUGCUAAAGCGGGUGAAGAGCGCUAUAGAGAGGUCGAAGGAGAUGCAGCCAUCUCCAAAGUCCAAGCCGAUGAAAUCCAAACAGAAAAGGAGCGUAAGAAAGAUAUGCAGAGGAAGCGUCGUCGCGAAAAGACUGUUCAGCAUAACAUGGAAGCAAAGGAACUUGCUCUGGCCAAGGCUAAAGAAGCACUGGAUGAUCAAGACAGAAAUAAGUUCCUUCGAGAUGCCCAGAGAGCUGAGAAGAAGGCACAACAGACUAAAUUGGUACUUGCUAGAGGAGAUAAGGGUCCAGAGAUUCGAGCCGUUUCGCCUAUGGAACCUAAUAUGCAGGGCGGUAGUAUGUCGACGUUUACAGCUGUCGAUCCUGAUUCAACCAAGAAACCAAAACGCGGUGGUGCUCGCCCUAGAAAGUCCAAGGAACAGAAGCAAGCAGAGAAAGAUUCGGCAGCAGCAGCUCAAGAGGCAAUCGAUAAAGGUGAAUCACCAGCACUCAUGCCAAUUAGGGAUGCGACAGAGUUUAGAGACAUGAAGCCACUUCCAUCGAAAGAAGGAGGUACAAAGAUCAAGCUCAAGUUGAAGGCACCAGUAGAACCGGUGGAAGUUAAGGAAGAAUCUCCUCCUGUUCCUGUUGAUCAACAUAAUACGAAAAUGUUUCACGUUGUCUAUGAUCAAAUUUGGAAAGAUCUUGCCCGAAAAGAGGUUCCCAAGGUUUUCAAAUUGGCUAUGGAUUCUUACUCCAUUCGAGGAUCGAAUUUGAAGAAGACUGCAAUUCUAGCCUCAAAGGAAGCCAAACGAUGGCAAUUACGAACAAACAAGGGCACCAAGGAUCUUCAAGCUCGUGCCAAACGUGUUAUGCGAGAGAUGAUGUCUUUCUGGAAACGCAACGAACGUGAAGAACGUGAUACUCGAAGAGCCGCCGAGAAACAGGAGAUUGAAAAUGCCAAGAAAGCCGAAGCCGAUCGUGAAGCAAAUAGACAAAAGAGGAAGCUCAACUUCCUUAUUUCACAGACUGAACUUUACUCUCAUUUCAUCGGCAAGAAAAUCAAGACGGACGAAGUUGAGAGAUCUACCGAUCACCCUGAUGUUGCGGCACCGGCCGAGCCAAAUCAUUCGAAACCAGAUGAUAUUGAUCUACCUGAAGGUUCUGCUCCUGCAAAGGUCACGAAUUUUGAAGAUCUUGACUUUGAUGCUGAGGAUGAAUCUGUAUUGAAAGCUGCUGCCAUGGCUAAUGCUCAAAAUGCUAUUCAAGAAGCCCAGAACAAGGCCAGAGCGUUCAAUAAACAAGAUGAUGCGCCUGCUAUGGAUAACGAUGGGGAGAUGAACUUUCAAAAUCCUGCCGGUAUGGGAGAUGUCGAUAUUGAACAACCUAAAAUGCUUCAAGCUCAACUCAAGGAAUAUCAACUCAAGGGUCUCAACUGGCUCGUCAAUCUUUAUGAACAAGGUAUCAAUGGUAUCUUGGCAGAUGAGAUGGGUCUUGGUAAGACUGUUCAAUCUAUUUCGGUCAUGGCUUAUUUGGCGGAGAAACAUGGUAUCUGGGGUCCGUUCUUAGUCGUUGCUCCUGCAUCAACACUUCACAACUGGCAACAAGAAAUCACCAAAUUCGUUCCAAAGUUAAAGGUAUUACCUUACUGGGGCACAGCAGCUGAUCGAAAGGUUCUUCGAAAGUUCUGGGAUCGUAAGCAUAUCACUUAUACCGAGGAAGCUCCUUUCCAUGUCCUCAUUACAUCCUAUCAACUUGUCGUCUCGGAUGUCGCCUAUUUCCAAAAGAUGAAGUGGCAAUACAUGAUCUUGGAUGAGGCUCAAGCUAUCAAGAGUUCACAAAGUUCUAGAUGGAAGAGUCUACUUGGUUUCCAUUGCAGAAAUCGUCUUCUGCUAACCGGCACUCCAAUUCAAAAUAAUAUGCAAGAACUUUGGGCUCUAUUACAUUUCAUCAUGCCUAGUUUGUUCGAUUCUCAUGACGAAUUCAGUGAAUGGUUUUCUAAGGAUAUUGAAAGUCAUGCUCAAAGUAACACCAAACUGAACGAGGAUCAACUCAAACGUUUGCACAUGAUUUUGAAGCCUUUUAUGCUUCGUCGUGUCAAGAAGCAUGUGCAGAAGGAAUUGGGUGAUAAGAUUGAAGAAGAUAUCUUCUGUGAUCUUACCUAUCGUCAAAGAGCAUACUACAGCAACCUUCGAAAUCAAAUCAGUAUCAUGGAUCUCAUCGAGAAAGCCACAAUUGGAGAUGAUAAUGAUACUGGUACGUUGAUGAAUUUGGUAAUGCAAUUCCGAAAGGUUUGUAAUCAUCCAGAUCUUUUCGAACGUGCCGAAACUACGUCGCCUUUAUCUUUCAGUUACUUUGCCGAAGCGGGUUCGUUCUUGAGAGAAGGUCCUAAUGUCACCGUGGCUUACUCGGCACGUAAUCUGAUUCAGUACUCUCUACCUCGAUUGGUAUGGCGUGAAGGUGGACGACUUGACUUGCCUGGACGAGAUAAUGAAGGUGCCGGUGUCAAGGCCAAAUGCUUGGAAUCACUUUUCAAUGUUUGGAAGCCUGAGAACAUCGUUGACAGUUCCAAAGAAGAUGGUGCAUUCUCAUGGCUUCGUUUUGCAAAUACCUCAGUUCAAGAGGCAUCUACAGCUUCGAGCAAGGAUGUUUUUGCUCGUGCUGUGGAUAUUGUAAAGAAGCCACAAAGUCUUGGUAGGCUUAGCAUUGUCUAUGAUGAAGAGGAAGACAAGAAUUAUACCCCGGUUCAUGCUAUGCUUCAAAUUGUCGAGAGGAAAGAUCGCAAGCCUCUUGCUGAAGUCACAAAUGAGGGAUACCUCAACAAACUCUUCAAUGUGGCUAAGAAUGUUUGGGAUGAAUCUGGUAUAAGCCGAAUGGAACAAUGUGGUCGACCAAGUGCAACCGCUCCUCCUAUUGAAGUCGAUUGUUCUAGUCGAGGUGCUGUUCUCGAGAGACAAAAGAUUUUGUUCAAUGUUUCGAUGAGACGCGCCUUAUUUGGUCCUUCACCUGUUGAAGAAAAGGCAUUUAUUACCUCCAAGGUUUCACCAUCAUUCUAUCCGCCAAAGCCAAUGUUACCAGCACCUACCUCCGAAAAACAACGCUUCACCAAUAUCAAAGUACCAUCCAUGCGUCGCUUUGUUACCGAUUCUGGUAAGCUUGCUAAGCUUGAUGCUUUGCUCACCAAACUCAAGGAAGGUGGUCAUCGCGUUCUUUUGUAUUUCCAAAUGACACGUAUGAUUGAUCUCAUGGAAGAGUAUUUGACAUAUCGCAAUUAUAAAUACCUUCGUCUUGACGGUUCUACCAAACUUGAAGAUCGAAGAGAUACUGUUCAUGAUUUCCAAACUCGACCAGAAAUUUUCAUCUUUUUGUUAAGUACAAGAGCUGGUGGUUUGGGUAUUAAUCUUACAAGUGCGGAUACAGUCAUCUUUUAUGAUUCUGAUUGGAAUCCUACAAUUGAUAGUCAAGCUAUGGAUCGAGCUCAUCGUUUAGGUCAAACGAGACAAGUUACUGUUUAUCGUAUGAUUACUCGUGGUACUAUUGAAGAACGAAUUCGUAAGAGAGCACUUCAAAAAGAAGAGGUUCAAAAGGUUGUUAUGACUGGUGGUGCUGGUGGUGGUGUAGACUUCAAUGCCAGAAGUAAAGAGAAUAGAACCAAGGAUAUUGCCAUGUGGUUGGUGGAUGAUGAAGAAGCUGCGGAAAUUGAGAGGAAGGCCGCUGAACAGGCGAGAUAUGAAGCUGAGAACCCUAAUCUAAAUAAGAAGGGUAAGAGUAAAGGAAAGAAGGCCAAGGAGGGUGCUGGCAGUUUGGAGGAUCUUUAUCAUGAGGGCGAAGGACAUUUUGACGAUGGAUCUAAUAGACCCAGUGGUACUGCAACACCUAUUGCAGGUGAUUCUAGCGCGAAAAAAGGAUCGAGUAGAAAGACUGCUAGUGGUGGGAGAAGUAAAAAGGCAAAGACAGCUAAAGAGAGGUUGGCCAUGGCAGAUGGAGAUGUGGAUAUGGCAUAG